AUGAACCGUUUUGUUGCGGUAUGCUUCUGCAGCUGCAGCUGCUACAGUUUGUGGAUGUUAUCGCCUGGCAGUGCAAGCGCAGAGCAUCCUUGGAAGGAUUUGCCUUUGUCUUUCGUGUGUAGUCAGAUGGCAGAUGUGAAGCGUGUUGGCCUUGCGCCAGCAUCCACACGUGGCAACACACGUCCAUCGCCCACUAAAUGUGCAGACGGCUGGAAAGCAUCUGGCGUUGCUCUUUGUGGAGUGUUUGCCGUAUUGAACGGCAGAAGGAGCGCGUCAAACCAAGCUCGCCUUCGAAGGAGUGGAAGGUCCUCACAAACAGUCUGCCGGGCGGCUGGCAGCGACGUUGGUGUGGUGCUAUUGUCGGCUGGUGUUGGAAAGCGUAUGGGUGCCAGCAUACCAAAGCAGUACAUCAAACUGAUGGGCUUGGAGAUUGCUUUGCACUCGUUGGACACAUUCUUGGCCUGCGAUGUUGCAGAGAUCGUAAUUGUUUGUGCAGAAGAAUGGCAACACGUUUUCAAAGACCAUUUGGACAAAGUAGGUCCAACUGAGGUUGAUGUGAAGUUCACAACAGGAGGCAAAGAGCGACAAGAUUCCGUCAACAACGGUCUAGCAAAAAUUGAUGCACCAAUUGUAGCCAUACAUGAUGGAGCCCGUCCUCUCGUCACGAAGGAGGAAGUGGAAAGAGUGGUUGCGGAUGCUCGAGAACAUGGCGCAGCUCUACUUGCCGUUCGCACUAAAGCUACGAUCAAGCAGGCUGUUGGUGAGUCGGACGCCUUUGUCGAGAGCACCCCAAAACGGAAACUGUUGUGGGAAGCCCACACGCCACAAGUGAUUCGAAGCGAAUUGUUACGCAAAGGAUUUGAAAAGGCUGAGAAGGAGGGCUUGGAUGUGACUGAUGAUGUCUCGUUGGUGGAACAGCUGGGCGAAAAAGUCAAGCUGACCGAAGGCGAGUACACGAACAUCAAAGUUACUACCCCCGAAGACAUUGCGGUUGCGGAGACAAUAUUAAAAGAGCGUGGCUUUGUGGCCCCUGAGGCAUGA